AUGGGUAGCGUGCUCAGUUCAAUCCGUCCCACGCCACCGCCCCCAUCCGAUAGCGCACGUUUCAUAAGUCCGGUACAACGUCAAACGCACUUGUGCGGUCCGCGAACCAUCUACAAUAGCGUCAAAGAUCUCAGUAAGCGUGUCGACUUCUACGAAGAAAUCACUAUCUUCGCUUGGCCGUCACGCGGAGGUGUGAUCGUACUCGAGAGGCCCUGUCCUGCAGAUUUCGACUUUCUCGGCCUCGACCGUCUCGACCCUCCGAAGAAGCGUCACGCCACUCGACAAGAGGAAGACGACUUUGCUCAGCGCUUACUAUUGCUCGGUGGGAAGUGGUGGGAUUCUCCCGCUAGACACUCCCUGUUCACCCAACCCGACCACUUGCAAGAUGAGGACGAAAUGGCUGCUCUCCCUGAGCCGACGGCAAGGGAAAACGCGUGGGUUGGUGUCGCAUGGCCUAGUUCGGGUGGAUUGGUCGUAGCUGAGUGGCCGACCAUGAUGUACCCUGGUGGACGCAUGGACGACGUCGCUCCAGACGAUGUGUCGAGAUUGUUUUUGUGUAUGACGAUGGACGAGAAGGCGGCAGUGCUGAUGGACAGACUCGAAGGGAAGUGGUGGAAGGGAGUCGAGAAUUACGAGCGUAAAGCUUUCAUUGGCAGCUGGGGAAACCAUCGAGGCGAAGUUGGCGGACUUCAACAAACGUGGCCAAACGAAGGAGAGAGCCAGAAUCCUGGUAGUAAAGCUCUGCCUGGUCAACGAGUUCUCUCAUCCAGAGAAUCAAACUUCGAUUCACGAAUCACCAUGACUUCAUUCGACGCCUACACCGACCGCGCCGCGAAGGCUCUAGCAGACAGCUUCGAUCUAGCUAAGGGCUAUGCGCACUCACAACUCACACCCCUCCACCUCGCCGUCUCGCUCAUAGAUCCGCCCAAAGAUCUGGCCAACCAAGUCGACGUACCGCCGCCGCCGCUAUUCAAGCAAGUACUCGAACGCGCGAAUGGCGACCCACAACUCUUCGAGCGCAACCUCAAGAAGGCUAUGGUACGGUUACCAAGCCAAGACCCUCCGCCAGAGCGGACUUCACCUUCACCUGCUAUGGCCAAGGUGCUCCGCUCCGCCGAAGACUUGAGCAAGACACAAAAAGACAGCUUCAUCGCCGUCGACCACCUCAUCCAGUCCCUCUGCCAGGAUGCGCAAAUGCAACGGAUCCUCGCCGAGUCCAACGUACCGAACGUCAAGCAGAUCGACAAUGCCAUCCUGGCACUCCGAGGCACAAAGCGAGUUGACUCCAAGUCGGCAGACGCGGAGCAGGAGAACGAGAACUUGAAGAAGUUCACCAUCGACAUGACGGCAAUGGCGCGAGAGGGCAAGAUCGACCCAGUCAUUGGUCGAGAAGACGAGACACGCAGAGUCAUCCGCAUCUUGACUCGGCGAACCAAGAACAACCCAGUCCUCAUUGGAGAACCUGGUGUUGGUAAGACUACAGUCGUCGAGGGUCUUGCCCGCCGCAUUGUCGAUGCGGAUGUGCCGGCCAACCUCGCAGCCUGCAAGCUGCUCUCUCUCGAUGUUGGUGCUUUGGUUGCUGGCAGCAAGUAUCGCGGAGAGUUUGAAGACCGCAUGAAGGGUGUCCUGAAGGAGAUUGAGGAGUCGAAGGAAAUGAUAGUACUGUUCGUCGACGAAAUCCAUCUCCUCAUGGGCGCUGGUUCAUCCGGAGAGGGAGGCAUGGACGCUGCGAACUUGCUGAAGCCCAUGCUGGCCCGUGGACAGCUUCACUGCAUUGGCGCGACAACCCUAGGCGAGUACCGAAAGUACAUCGAAAAGGAUGCUGCAUUCGAGCGUCGUUUCCAACAGGUUCUCGUCAAGGAGCCGUCCAUUCCCGAGACCAUUUCCAUUCUUCGUGGUCUGAAGGAGCGCUACGAGACCCAUCACGGAGUCACCAUCAUGGACGGUGCCAUUGUCGCAUCUGCCACCCUUGCUGCCCGCUACCUCACCCAGCGUCGACUACCCGAUUCUGCCGUUGACCUUAUCGAUGAGGCUGCGGCAGCCGUCCGUGUCACCCGAGAGUCACAACCCGAAGCGCUUGAUAACCUCGAGCGACGCCACCGACAACUACAGAUCGAGAUUCACGCGCUUUCCCGAGAGAAGGACGAAGCGUCGCAAGUCCGUCUGAAGGAGGCGCGCGCAGAGGCCGCCAACAUCGAAGAAGAGCUGAAGCCGCUUCGUGAGAUGUACGAGCGCGAGAAGGGUCGCAGCAAGGACAUCCAGGAGCAGAAGCUCAAGCUCGAAGGCCUAAAGACGAAGCUUGCUGAAGCCGAGCGUAUGCGCGACAUCCAGACUGCUUCCGAUCUCAAGUACUACGCCAUUCCAGAUGUCGAGCAGCGCAUCAGCGAGCUGGAGCGAGACAAGGCCCGCGCGGAUGCAGAGAUGUGGUCUCACCAAGCUAGUGGUGGUGGUGAGGCUCUCAUGAGCGACUCUGUUGGUCCGGACCAGAUCAACGAAAUUGUCGCUCGCUGGACCGGUAUCCCAGUCACUCGACUCAAGACUACAGAGAAGGACAAGCUGCUCAACAUGGAGCGUCAUCUCCAAGAAGUCGUCGUUGGUCAGAGGGAGGCCGUCGUCUCCGUCUCCAACGCCAUCCGACUUCAGCGCUCUGGUCUAGCCAACCCCAACCAGCCACCCAGCUUCUUGUUCUGUGGUCCUUCCGGUACCGGUAAGACACUCCUUACAAAGGCCCUCGCGGAGUUCCUAUUCGACGACGCAAAGGCCAUGAUCCGCUUCGACAUGUCGGAGUACCAAGAGCGUCAUUCCCUCAGCCGAAUGAUCGGAGCACCACCCGGCUACGUAGGCCACGACGCAGGAGGUCAACUCACCGAAGCCCUGCGCCGCAAACCCUUCUCCAUCCUCCUCUUCGACGAAGUCGAAAAGGCCGCCAAGGAAGUCCUAACGGUACUCCUCCAACUCAUGGACGACGGCCGCAUCACCGACGGCCAAGGCCGCGUCGUCGACGCAAAGAACUGCAUCGUCGUCAUGACCUCCAACCUAGGAGCUGAGCACCUAUCCCGCCCCAACGCACCCGACGGCAAGAUCGACCCCACCACCAAAGAAAUGGUCAUGGGCGCCCUGCGCAACUGGUUCCUCCCCGAGUUCCUCAACCGCAUCUCCUCCAUCGUCAUCUUCAACCGCCUCACCAAGCGCGAGAUCCGCAAGAUCGUUGACGUGCGCCUCGGCGAGAUCCAGAAACGCCUCAACCAGAACGGACGUAAUGUGCGCAUCGAGAUGACGCCUGAGGUACGGGAUUACCUUGGUUCGGCGGGUUACUCGCCUGCGUACGGUGCUAGGCCGCUUGCUCGUCUCAUCGAGAAGGAGGUGCUCAAUAGGCUUGCGGUGCUUAUCCUCCGUGGUUCUAUCAAGGAGGGUGAGACCGCGAGGGUCGUGCUUGAUGAUGGGCAUAUCAUGGUGUUGCCUAACCACACGGACAGUGAGGAUGAUUCGGAGAUGUACGAUGAGUCUGAUGCUGUUGCUGAGUUGGAUGCGGAGGAGGAUAUGGAUCUUUACGACUAG